CCUACUUCAAGUUUUCUUAAAUAUGUUUUAUCAUUGUGUUUUACUUUGCUGUGUUUUGUGUCGUUUAACUUUUUAAUGUAUUUAGUUUUAAUCUAUGAAUGGGUUUCAAAAAUGGUAUUGAAAAGGUGUUCUACUUUCAUGAAUAAAUUGUAAGGAAUUCCUCAUAAUGAAACCUCCCCUUCAAGAUUCUAUGGAAUUAAAAAGAAAAAAAUAGAAACCAUCAAAUGAAUUUUCAAAAAGUUUUUAAUCCAUUAUGUCACUACCCAGAACUCGUUCAUUAUUAAACAGCUCUUCAAAUGUCAACAAUUCUCCAAAAGAGGGCUUUAUGGAAAGUCCUGAAAAUUCUAGUGAUUUGGUGCCAUUAAAGUCCAGUACCUUAGAUGAGAUUUCACAGCUUAAUCAUCAUAUUGUGAAUGGUUCUGCUUCCAAGAGUGGAAACAAUUUUUCUAGUAGUACACCGAAUUCUGUCCUUUCUGAUCUCAAUACCCUAAACCUCCCUUCAGUUAAAAAUGGCACUAAUAAGCAUACUAUAAGAGGACCCAUAACUGCUAAAGAUGCUCUAGCUCAUUUUAGUAAUUUAUUGACUAACUAUGAACACCUCGAAAUCACAUCAUACCCAGAAAUAUACUUUAUGGGACAUCGAGCGAAAAAGAUACAAGGUGUUAUUGGUGGGCCUAAUAAUGGUAACUAUGACAAUGAUCAAGGAUCCUAUAUACAUGUUGUUCAUGACCAUGUUGCUUAUAGAUAUGAAGUUUUAAAAGUUAUUGGUAAAGGCAGUUUUGGACAGGUUGUUCAAGCAUAUGAUCACAAAACUCAUGAGUACUGUGCGCUUAAGAUGGUCAGAAACGAAAAGAGGUUCCAUCGACAAGCACAGGAAGAAAUAAGAAUUUUGGAACAUCUAAGGAAACAAGACAAAGAGAACACAAUGAAUAUUAUUCAUAUGUUUGAUAACUUUGUUUUUAGAAAUCAUAUUUGUAUUACUUUUGAGUUGCUUUCGAUAAAUCUUUAUGAACUCAUCAAGAAAAAUAAAUUCCAAGGAUUUAGUCUACAGCUAGUACGCCGAUUUUCUCAUUCUUUGCUGCAAUGUUUAGAUGCACUUUAUAGGAAUAAAAUUAUACAUUGUGACAUGAAACCUGAGAAUGUUUUGAUAAAACAACCAGGACGAAGUGGAAUAAAGGUUAUAGAUUUUGGCUCCAGCUGUUAUGCAAAUCAGCGAGUCUACACAUAUAUCCAAUCAAGAUUUUAUCGAGCCCCUGAAGUUAUUCUUGGAGCACGUUAUGGCAUGCCUAUUGAUAUGUGGAGUUUAGGUUGUAUACUAGCUGAACUUCUUACUGGAUUCCCCUUGCUACCUGGAGAAGAUGAAGCAGACCAACUUGCUUGUAUUAUAGAAUUAUUAGGAAUGCCUCCAAGAAAACUACUGGAAUCAUCAAAAAGAGCUAAAAACUUUAUAAGUUCUAAAGGUUAUCCACGAUAUUGUAAAACAAUUACCCUGCCAGAUGGAAGUGUAAUGUUAACAGGUGGUAUAUCUAGGAGAGGUAAACACCGUGGUCCACCAGGCUCAGUUCAACUCAGGCAAGCGCUGAAAGGCUGUGAUGAUCCACUUUUUAUAGAUUUUGUUAGGCGCUGUUUGGACUGGGAUCCUGAGACAAGAAUGACUCCAGCUUCAGCACUGCGACAUGGCUGGCUUCGUCGUCGCCUUCCAAGAUUACCAACACCUGAUUCUCAUUCUGUGGGUGUUAGGACACCUACUUGUUCAAGUAAUCCUUCCACCAAUGCUAACACUAACACCUUAGGAGCUACUAAUAAAUUUAGAGUUCAAUUAUCUGAUGAUAGGGCAAGUACAAUACAUUCACGCCAUACCAAUGUUCCUAGUAAACUACCACAAAUUUCCAGUACAUCAAUAAACAUGACAUAACAUUUAGAAUUUUUAAAUUUUAGUUUCACAUUAAAUGAU